GGGCAAUAUUAUGCGGAAGAAAGUGCCAAUUAUGCGGAAAAGACAACAGAUUAUGCGGAAAUUUCCAACGAAACGAUCGCGGCUUCGAGCUCAUUUCUAAAAAAACGAUCACGGCUUCGCCGCUCACUUCUAACAAAACAAUCACGGCUACGCCGCUCAUUUCAACGCAAAGUACGGUAAAAACGAUAAACGGAAAUAUCAACAAGCUCUUACCAAGAAUUUGAGUUCAUUACAUCUUUUAAACAUAAUGCUUGUUAUCAUGCUUGACCUUUUUCUGCCAUUCUUUGACAGGUAUUUCUUCAUUUAAAGCAGUUUUUCCUUAGACUUAACGCGAAGAUUCGACAUGAUUUUGUUCUUCAAUUCGUGGAAACAUUUUAAGCUUAGCAGCCAGGCAUUAGAGCAUUCCCGCGCACGUAUCAAACGCAGUUUCUAUCAGUUCCUGCUAUUGGCUAAAAUACAAACGCCAUCUAUCCAAUAGAAAUUAGCAUUAUAAAAAACUAGUUUCCAGGACACCCCAGAAAGUGCAUGGAACGCCUGGGGGGUUAAAAAAUGUGGUGUACGAACAAGCAACGAACAAACAGAGUAUUUUCUCGCUGAUUUGGGCAAAAUAUUUCUUCAAAAUGAUCAAUCUCUUCACUAAUUUUGCUUCUGAGGACGGUAAGCAAUUCCACCUUUGCUUAUAUGGAGCAAUUUUUUAGUAUUGUGCGGAAAAAUGCCCUCAAGAUGCGGAGGAUGCGGAAGCUGGUCAAUUAUGCGGAUCCGCACCACCGCAUCCUGUCAGAUGCCCUGAAUAGAUGCAAUGCCAUGUCAAGCUGUUUAAAUUCCAUGCUUGUUUUUUUUACAGUGAAGAUGUCUUCUCAAGUUAUGCUUGCAACUCAUUAAAUCAUAAAGGAAUUAAACAUCAUCUGGGGGAUAUUGUAGAAGCUGGUUGCUUGGCGGUAAGUAUGUAUACUGCAUAUUUUUUGAAAUACAUGUACCAAAUUUGUCCCUAGUGUGGUUAAACAAGCAUUAGACCUUGUUUGAGUCAGAAUUUUCUUUGUUUCCUAGCCUCAACAAAGAGAAGUCAUUAUGUCAUGUUGCCAUGCUUACUAGCAAAAUUCCUGGAUCUCAAGAAACUGUGGCCCUGCAAUUAUAUGGGAGAAAAAAAAUCGACUGUAUGACUUUCCUGUGAUUGCACUUAGGACUUUUCUUUCAUCAUUCGACAAUGCAAAUCAUGAAAUGGCCAUUUCUGUCGCGAAAGAAGGACUGUUGAGAUCCAGAAAUCUUGUUACCAUGGUAAAGUGAUAUCAUGCUUUUCUCAAUUAUUUGUAGGGGACAAAGAUAAUACAUUCCAUUUUAUCUGAGGACAGUUUAUUCUCACAAUGUUCAACUGUCUGCGCUAUUGAUAUUUUUGUUUUUAAAAAGGUUGUUUCAUUUUGCAGGUUUUACUGAUGAUUAUCUUUUUAAAGUAAAUGCACAAUAAAAUGGCUACUGACUUCAUGUAUGUCCCCUCUCUUUUCUAGGCACAGCAGUAACCACGAGCUAAAUACCAGUUGUUUAAAUCGCUUCCACAAGAUUUAGUAGAGACAGGUGAUGAUAAUUGACAUAUUUACUUUGACCAACAUUCUGGUUAUUCUCUUGCUUCUUUAAGUCUCUAUUACUUGUGGCUCUCAAGUUCUCUUAGUUUCCUUUGCUCUGUGGCUCUCUGGUAUGCCUGGUUUUCCUGAUUCUCACGGUUGGUAUUUCUCAUGGCUCUUCCUGUUAUCGUGGUUCUUGUACAUGUAGUUCUCCUCGGUUUUGUGAUCCUCCACAAGUACAUGAACCAGCCUCUGAGGACUACAAGAACCACAGAAACAGGCGACCAAUGAAUCAGGACGCCAAUAAGAAGUAGGAAACCAUUUUAAAUUCAAGAAUCAGGAGAACCCAUAAGACCAUUCGGACCCUGGCAAAAAAAUGAUGAUACCGAUGAAAAACAUGUGCGACCAUUCAAAUGAGACCUCUUCAACUGUACUUUCACAUGGCACCAGACUAAAAAACUAAUGGUUUUUUUCCACAUUUACAUAUAAAAACUCUUUAAAAAUGAAAUUUGAAAUUUUUGUUGAAUUGGACACUUUGGUCACUUGUUGAAAAGAAAGGGUUUACAUAGUUGGGUUUUACUUACAGCAGCUUUGUGCCCCUCCCCCCUCCCCCCUCCCCCCUCCUUUAAUCAGACACCAAAGGGACAGAACCAAGUGUCCACUUUACAGAGCUGUCUGCUUUAAUUACUGAUGUAAAGUAAUAUGUAUAAAGUUAGAUGUCUUUAAGCUAUAUAUGUGCAAGAGAGAGAAUUGUUUUGUCCAUUUGCACAUGGCUAAAAGUUUGUGUAACAACUCCCAACAACAUGCAACAACAUUGCAACAACAUGCAACAGGGUGUGCCAAUGGACGCAACAUGUAACAUUCAACAAUGUUGAGAGCUGUUGGCCGACAAUGUUGCAUCCAUUUGCACGCGGCUUUAGGAUGAAAAGACCUUAUAGAGGUGUUUGCAUGGAGGAUUUUGAUCAUAUUUUAGGUGAUAAUUUUGUAAUAAUAUUGAUAAAGGGAAAUGUUGAUAAGCCUAUUUUUUUUUUGUUUACAUCAGGCAAACUAAGUGAUUUGCAACUGGAAGGAGUUUUGUAUGCUGUAAGUAUAAUUAUCACCUUAUUAGUAUCAAGAACUCUGUCAACAUUUGUCGGCUUUUGUAUUGCUCUUUCUUCUGUCCACAUAAAGCAUUUAAAAUAUUUGGGAAAGAUGGAUUUCCAGCUAAAAAUAAAUUCAUUACAAAAAGGCCCUUCCAGCUGCUGUGGAUAUGUGGUAGCAGAGAGUGUGUUAUUGCACAGUCAUGGUCUUUAGUAAUAAAAUCAAGUUAAACAGCAUGAAAAAUUCAUUUUAUAAACUGCUGUUAAUUUUUUUAAUAGUGUCAAAGACAUCAGAUGGUCCUUGCCAAUGGACAGAGAGCUGGAUUCUUUAUAGGGGAUGGUGCUGGGGUUGGAAAAGGAAGACAAGUGAGUACAUUUUGUUUUUGUACAAUUUCAUGCUGUUAAGUCGAUGAACUGUUACUUUGUUUAUUUAGACAAAAAUCAAGAACGAUGGCCAUUUUCACUGAGGUGCAAAUUUACCUCAUUUUCAUGCUUGCAAAAGCACUUGCCUCGUUUUCAUUUUAAGGUGACUCGACCCAGUUUUUUGGGGAGGUACCAUCCUUACUUUGAAGCUCUCUGGUAUCCCCUCCUUUACUUUUAUCGUAAGUCUAACACAUAGAAUGGAUAACAUAUAGAUCAAUCUACAAUAAUUAUAACAUAAAAUUUUUGGCGAUCGGAGUAAAUGUCACGUGGUUAUAAUGCCACACCCCUUUGAGGUCUGAGUCGAAAAUCUGCUGUUGCCGGCAUUUUUUCGUGAAAAUCUCUCGGCUACACAUAGUGCGCAUUAGUGCCUUGCGCUGAACAGAGUUUCACCAAAAUCGCAAAGACCCAAUUCGAGAAAUUCAGCGGUUUCCAAAUUUAGGUCAUAAUUUAUGUGAAAAUGAUAAGCAAACUUUACACGAUUGUAUCUAAUAAACUAUGAGAUUCAUCCCUUUAUUUUGGGCAUCGUUAUAAGAGAUGGGUCCUUGCAAGUCAGCAAAAUGCUUUAGGGCCUUGUAAAUGCGCACGAUUUUGAGCAAAGCAAACAUAUAGAAAUUAUAGUUUUCACUAUUUGUUGACAUUUGUCAGCGUUUAAGAGUCCUUCUCACGAAAAAAGCAUUUUCUUAAAAAUUCGUAGUUUUUUUUCUUUCAAAUUUUUUCAGGGCCACAAUUGAUUAACUAACUACCCGGACUCUGAAUUUCAUGGUCCUUGAAAAACUGUGACAUUAUCUUCUAUAAGCGCAAACUUGAGUAAACAUUGAAGAUUUUUAGCGUUUUGGCUGAGUUUGUGCUUUGGGAGUUGUCUAUUGUUUCUAGUCUGUCAUUAUACAGUAUUCUUGUUCAGCAUGCAUGCAAUGACCACGCUUGGGUGACUUCCGAAUGCUCACUGCCAAACCUUGAAUAUAGAACUGUUUACUUUAAGCCCAUUAAAUUUGUAGUCAAGAUUACACUCCAGUUGUUUUCUACUGUAGAUUGCUGGCAUUGUGUUGGACAAUUUUGCACGUGGAAGAUCCAGACAUACAUGGUUUAGUAUUUCAGCUGACCUACGAUUAGAUGCCCAAAGGUGUGUUCAGAUUAUUUUUUAGCCAAAGUCUGAUUAUGUAUUCAAUGGAAUUUUGACCUUUUAAGUCAAUGAUUUUAACCCAUUCACUCCUAGGAAUUUUUCCAAAAAUACCUUUUAAAAAAGUGUACUCUAUGACUUAUUGGCAAGGUAGGUUUUAUUACAGAUUAGAAGUCAUAAACAGGAUUUUCUUUUUCAAAAUCAUCUUCUGGUCCCUCAGUCGAUCCUACAGGAUGCAGGCAGUAAAUUAUUUUGCAUCUUUGGAGAUCUGAUGCAUCAGGGGCACAGGAUGCGCAGGCAGGGGUAACAAAAUCACUGCAGCAUUAAGUUCAUAAUUCCACAUUUUUUUGGCACUUUUACAUGUAACCCAUUCACCCACUAGACCAAAAUGGUCCAGGGGUAAUAUUGGAAGGAAUAUUCAGAAGCAUUUCCACACCAAUGAUCCAAUAAAAUCGAUAAAAUCGGCUUUGGAUUUGGAUUCACUGGUUCUGGACUGUGACAGAGUUUUCAUGAUGUGAAUCCCUAUAGCAGUUUGUUACAAAAUCAGGGAUUCUGGUAAUUGCUCUCUCUCUCUCUCUCUCUGUAUAGCUGUAAAAUACUAUAACUUUAAUAACCCAAGAAACUGACAAAUUUCUGAUUGUUUUUCAUUUGUCAGAGAUUUACAUGACAUUGGUUGUUUUGUCAAAGUGAUAGACGGUUGUCAGCAGCUGGAUAAAGAAACCAGGUACAUGAACUCGAAUACCACGGGUACAUUAUUUAGAGUGGGGCAAGAAGGCCAUGCCCUCCCCUGCCUUUUUGUCUAAAAUCUUGUUAAAUUUCAGAAAAAAUUCUCUCAACGUCUGUCUUUCAGAAUCUCAAUUUUUGGACAAAAUGCUCUCAGAGUUCUCUCUGUUUUGGAAUUUUUUAAAUCUUUCUUGAAUACUACAAGUUAUCUACACUGGCUGGUGUCCGUUGUUAUCAUUAUGUAACACAAUAUAAUUAUUCUUGGACAAGGUCCAUUAAUUCCUUUUCUUAAUAAUUAUUUUCUAAGAGUUCUUUUUCAAACCAAUCUGUGCAUGCAAGUUGCAUUAAUUUUCAUUUUCCUUCAAUUCAGGUGUAUUUUUCCCCAAGUGAUAAUCUGAUCCAAAAUCUUUCCAAGCCAACUAUUGCUUCCUACAGUGUAAAAGAAAGGAGAAGUCACACUGCCAUAGAAGCAAAAUUUCUGGGUCUCAACAAACUGUGGUCCUGCCAAUAUGGUAGGAAAAAAGAACAACGAAAAAUUUUUGUGCAUUAUUGCACUUAGGAGUGAAAGGGUCGCUGGUAUUUUCCUUCCAUCAUUGGACAAUACAAAUGGCCGUCCAUCUCUGUCAAGGAAGAUUAUUGAUCCAGAAAUCUUGCUUCCACGGUAACAUGACAUCACACAUCUCUCUAUAGAAGCAAUAUUCUGUGAUUUAUUUGACAGUAAUAAUAGAUCAGUAGGAAUUUUAAAACAAAUCCAAUAACAUUGACAUUAUUUUGUUUUACAGAGUAUUUGGCUUACCUGCUGAUUUUAAAGAGGGUGUUGUCUUCAGUACAUACGCAACACUGGUGUCAUCUGUUCAAAAAGGUGAGCAUGCAGUAUGAAUGUCAUCUAUCACUAGCAAUAGACAAAGUUCCUCUUUUUGUUGAUCUGUUUUAUUAUCUUUUUGACAGGUGCUAAUCGUCAGAGUAGAUUGCAACAGCUCAUAGACUGGUGUGGUGGUGAGCAGUUUAAUGGAUGCCUCAUAUUUGACGAGUGUCAUAAAGCAAAGCAUUUUGUUCCUGUAAGUAAUUUACAGUAGUUUAGCCCUUAUUCUUUCGCAUUCAUAACUGCAACAAAUACAUGUAAAUACCUUAUUUAGGGCAAAAAGCAUGGUUUGUUAGAAACUGCCACUAUCUGAUCAUCAUUAUUCAAUUUAUGUUUUGUAUGAAGUGGAUGAGAGGACAACAGUUUGUGUUCCCUUUACAUUACACACAGUUCACAUAAAGCAUGACUGCGCACUGGGUUUCUUGAGAAUGGAAUUGCUCUUGUUACACUCAUUAAUGAAUGCACAACCAUUACACUUUCCACACAACUGAAAUUCACUGGCCAGUGAUGCAUAUUGACACCAGACACAGAUGUCAUGGAUUCAACUAAGUACCCUGCUCACUGUAGCUUAUUUCAUUUUAGGGCAAAGAAGAAUCCAGCACAAAAGUUGCUCUUGCUGUCACAACAAUACAAAGGUAUGAUAAAGUUAUUCAACUUCAUUUUUGAAUAUCAAUUGUUACAAUGUAGCAUGUAAUUAUUACACUCUAAUGUAAUAAUUAAAGUGCUAAUAAUUUUACAAUUUGAAAGAAGCAGGGAGCAGGAAUGGAGCAGUUGUGAUCGAGCACUUGCCUCCCACUUGUGCAGCUCGAGUUCAAUUUCCAGAGUUGACUCUAGAAACGUUGGGAGGGGAGGUGUGACAAGUGAGCUAAUAGGGAGCUUAAGCAGCGACGUUUUUGAGCGACGCACGUCAACCGGAAGUGGCCUUUUUUUCAUUUUUUGACGGUGGUUUUGCGCAAAUUUUCAGUCAAAUCGAAUCUAUAAAAGUAAAGAAGCUAAGGAAUACAAAUUUUAUAUCAUCAAGGCAUGUUAAGAGGGAAAAUACCUCACUUCCGGUUGACGUGCGUCGCUCAAAAACGUCGCUGCUUAAGCUCCCUAAUUAAAGUAACUGUACGCGUCUGCUCAAACUUAAAAACGAGCUGAAAAUCGGUUGUUUUUACAAAUAAAGUCGGGAAGAAUUCUCGAUAUUUUGCAGGUGUUUUUAGUAAAACAAUUAUUUCCGAUAUGAGAUGAUUAUAGCCAACUCAUAUCCAACACGCACUUGUGGAAUAAUUGUUAAAUAUACCUGACCUCCUUAGCGUCUCUACAGAGUUCCCCCCCCCCUUCCCCUACAGUAACUGCUGUGCCCAAAUUUUCUCUUUUUUACAGAUUUAUUCUUUUUUCACUUCAUAGAAUGCUACCCAAAGCUCGUGUUGUGUACUGUAGUACAACUGGUGUGACAGAUGUAAAAAAUAUGGUAGGUGUAGAGUAAAGUAUUAUUUUAUAUAAUUGACAAUAACGUGAUUUUGACUGAGUGUCAGGAAACAGCAUGUUACUAUUAAAAGGUAUCCAACUUUGCUUUGCUAGUUUUUCGCAAACAAUGCACUAAGUAAAGGCUGGCAUGUACCUUUUAAAAGUACGCUGUACGCCGUUAGCAUCUUAUGUGAUACCACUGUACAAAGUUAAAACUUUAAAGUGACACUUGAUCUUGCGACUUGAUCUUGUACCUGGGAACAAAGAUUUUUUAAGGCGAAAUACGUCGGUUGCAUCUAAGCGUGGACACGAGACAAAAAAAAAAUGUUCUAAUAGGGUGCCAGAUAUGACGUGUUUUUCCGCCAAACAUUUGAAGUUUGACAGCCGUUAAAGCAAACUGUCAAGCCAAAGGUAAGUUUGUAGCCAAUUAGAACAAGUUUUUUCCUCAGGUGUACACGCUUAGAUGCAACCGACAGUAAUUAUGAUCGUCGGGAUGAGUGUACUGAACAGGACUGUUGUUUACAGUGAUUAACGUUUUGACAGGUCUUCAGGCCCUAUCCACAUGUAUCGGGAUAGCUUUGAAAACGAAGACUUUUUUCUCCAUUCUUGCCUCCAUCCUCACAUAAACGGCCUUUUCAAAAAGACCCAGAGGGGAGAUUUUUUAAAACGCCGGCUUCUCGUUUAAAGUGGGCUGUCGAAAACGGAGAUUUGUGAACACGAUUAUGUCAUGCACCAUAUACUACUAGUAUUACGCAUGCUCUGUAAGGGAUGCUAUCGUCUUUCCAUCGUUUUAGGGUUUUCAUGUCGACAGGCGAAAACGAUUCAAAUACGAUUCAUGAAGACGCCUAUUUUUUUUUUUUGAAAAUCGUGGAAAAAAUCCCCAUUUUCGAAAAUAUCCGGAUACGUGUGGACAGGGUGUCAGGGUCAAAGUCAGUUGUAUCACUCAGUUGAUAGUAUUAAACUCUGGUUCAAGGUACAUGAUUUCUAGGUACUCAGUAGAAGAGCACAAAGACUCUUGUUGCAUGAAGUUUUUAAACCCUACAAUAAUUGCUGACAGAUUAUUACAGCAACCAUGUCGUUUCUGACAAUGUUCCCAUUCAGUCCAAUAGUCAAUCAAUACAGUACACUGAUACAGUGAUUUGAUUAUUUUCAGGCAUUUAUGGAGAGACUUGGUUUAUGGGGAGACGGAACAGCGUUUAAAUCGUUUGAUUCUUUUCUAGCCAGCAUAACUAAGAGAGGUCUUGGUAAGUGGCAUAGUUUUCAGCCUAGACUACGAACAGUUUCUCUUUUUUCUUAGUCCGUCGUGCAAAACACCGAGACACGCAGAUGACCACGCGCAACACUCUCUCGCGCGCGUACACUCCCCUCACUAAAUCUGAAGAAAAGGAGAGGCUGCUGGCUGUCUAUUUUGAGCCCCAAUGAUCCACAUACAAAUUCUCCCGACUGAUCCCCUUACCUUUCCUUAAAGAAUUAGUUGAGAGAUUUUAGUGAUUAUUUUAUGAAUUCUCUAAACUUUUUCUUGUAAUGAUUUAUGGAUAUUUUUAGGAGAAAAUUGAUGUUAAUCACGUUUGGUACUCAAUGGGAUAAAGGGGUUAUAUCAUGAUGACUUCCAUAUUCUUGUCAAAGUUGAGCUGAAAUUGUAACUAAGUAUUCUCAGUCACUUUUUUCCAUACUUGGAACUCUAAAAAGAAAGCUAUCAAAUGAUUCGAUCUAAGCCAAGGGGAAGUAACGCAUGUUCGUUUCUGGUCAUUUUUCGAAGAACUCCUGCCUGCUGUACCAUGCUUAGCUGUGAUAGGAGCGUAAAAGAUCUUAAGCGGCAGCGCUUCCUUGGACCGGUUCUGGCAAAUUACUCGAAACCUUAACCAAAUAUAUGGGUACACCACCUGUACUGUAACCGUGGAGAGACGGCUAGCUAGGCUAUUGGCUAGAACGGUGAUGCGCCAUGGCGAUGCUAUUACCACGUCUCGGAAAUCAUGGUCGACUUUUCUAUAGCCUGUCCCAGGCUUUGAAAUAUUGGAUUGUGGUGCGAAGUUAGAGAACGGGAAAAAAAUAAGGAGGAAGAGGGGGAGAGGGAGAGAGAGGAAGGAAUUUCGCCCUCAUUCCCAACCCCACCCCUAGCUGUUUUUCCUGCUCACAUCUCCUUGCGUCGCCCUCAUAAUCUGAACUCCUGGAACAGGCUACUUUUUAUGUAACGUGGCAAACACUUUCGCUUUCACUUCUCCAUCGGCAGAACGAUGUAUUUUAAGGUCACUAAUAUUUAAAAUCUUUUCUAGGUGCUUCUGAAAUGUUAGCUAUGGAAAUGAAGGCAUCAGGGAUGUACGUUUCUAGAGGUCUUAGUUUCAGACAGGCUGAGGUAAUGCAUAAUUUUAGAAAUGGCAUCGUAAUUUUGUGUUGUAACCAGAAGUUUUUCUAACAUACUGAAAUAUAAGGCUUUUUUUUGCAAUGCUUAUUUCUUCUCUUCUGUUCCUUUUUUGUUAACAAACUUUGAUAAUGCUUUUUUGUCGCAUUUCUGCAGUUUGUUAAUGUUGAGGCGACACUGACUGCGGAACAGAGGAAGGUUUAUGACACUGCAGUUCACGUUUGG